GCAGGCAGCGGCUCGGCACGCUGCUGCUGCUUCGCCCGCAUCUGCCCAUCACAUCCCAUCCCAUCUACAUACAGAUCUUUUUCCUCCUAGUUCUGGUCGUAUCUGCCUGGCUGGGUCGUCUUAAGUUUCGCCUUCGCCUGAUCACGACUCAUGGCAGACAUACCGCCAUUAAUACAAGUCUCGCACCUCCCCAGCGCCUCCUCCUUCUACGCAUCCCUCGUCCAACCCCUCGGUCUGCAAUUCCUGAUCGCGGCCCCGGUCGCGCCCGCCACGCUACACUUCGGCUUCGUCUCGCCGUCCCCCUCGGGCCUGCGCCAACAAACUAUCUUCACCGUGUCCGAAUCGCCCGUCCCUCGCCUCUCGCACAUCACGCUAUCAGCGCCCUCCCGAGCAGCGAUCCUCGAAUUCCAUACCAAGAGCACGGUCCUGAAUCCGCAUCAGGGCAGAGGCGAGAAUACACUGGUUAAUAACGGUGAGGAUGAGAGGGCCGUUACUAGGGACUUCGAUGGCAAUAUGAUUGAAGCUGUAUACGUUCCUCGCCCGUCACGUGGCAGCAGCACCAGAGAGCGAGCCGUGACGCUGGAAACGGCCAGCACGGAGAAAGAGGCGAAAAGGGUGCUAGAAUGGCAGGAGAAUGUCGCGAGGAGUAUCUCGGAGGAACCACCGCUGGAUGAAGAACGGCCGAGGAAUAGACAGUACUCGUCGUCGGCGCCUCGACCAGGCGGUUUUCACCGCGCGGAUACGUUCCCGAGAGCAGCGACGAGGCAGAGGAGGGAUACCAUAACGCAUGAUUCGUAUAGACGGAAUACGCACCACCAUCAACAGCAACACGAAGAACGAGAACGAGAACGAGAACCCAUCGGCAUAAGCAGUAACGCCAUCCUCGGGACCCUCGUCGCAGCCGCAGCCGGCUCCGCGCUCCUCUACUCGCUCGUCAACUCUCGCUCCCAAGACUCUCCGCCGCGGCGCAGAAGAGCAUCCGAGACGCACUACACGCACUCGCCGAUCCGGAUGGAGGACCGCGAGACGGUCGUCGAGUGCGUGCCGGCGCGCAGCUAUGGGCAGGAUAGAGAGAGGGAGAGGGUCAAGCCGAGGUAUAUUCAGUACUCGGUUGCGGUGCCGGAACCAGGGUUGCCGAAGAGGGAAGUGAAGAGUUUUGAUAAUAAGAGUUUUGUUAGUGAACGCUCUCAUCGCCAGCAGCGCGAGAGGGAGAGGAGCAGGAGUGAGGUGGGGGGGAUGAGGAGGUUGAUGAUUAACCCUGCUCCUGCUCCUGAGAGGGAAACGCAAUCCCAUUUCUCGAGCUCGAGACGUAGUCAUCGGAGCGAGAAGGAGAGGGACAGGGAGAGGGAUCGUUCUGGGUCAGGGGGCUCGAGUGGAAGGGAGAGGGAACGAGAUAGAGAUAGGGAUAGAGAGAGGGAUAGGAGGAGUCAUAAGUCGGAAUCGUACACGAGUGCGAGGACGCAUCACUCUGUAUCGACCAUCAAGGCCCCGCCGCCGCCGUUGCCCGAAGCUCCUAUCCCGCCGCCGGCAGCGAGUUUCGUGUCGACGGGGACGGUGAGGAAGGUUCCUCGUUCUCACAUAUCCGAGAGAGACAGAGACCGAGAAAGAGAUAGAGAACGAGACAGGGAGAGGGAUAGAGAAAGGGCAGAACGCGAAAGGCGCGAAUGGGAACGCGCGCGUAUGGUCCCGCUCCCCGAGAGCGUCGUCUCGGCGCGCCAGAUCCCGCUUCCGCGCAGCAUGGUGGGAGGGAGGGGCUACAAUGACGAUGACGGUGGGUAUGAGGCGAGUGUUGCGCCGAGUGAUAGUGUGAGUAGUGUGGGGGUUAAGAGGGAGAGGGAACGGUUGAAGGAGAGGAUGCGGGAGAGGGGGUUGGUUGGGAGGUGGGAUGCGUGAUUGCAUGAGUGGGUUCGGGUGGGUUUGGGUUGGGAUGGGAUAGAUGGUUGACGGACAUGGCAUGACAUGGAUGAACAGGACAGGUCUUUUUUGGGGGGCGUUCUUUGGGGGUUUUCGGGGUUAUGAUUUAUGAUCUGGGUUUGGGUUGGGGUGCGAGGUGUGGAUAAU